AUGGCAGGUGCCAAUAUCUUAAACCCAGAUGAGCUAAAAUUGACGCCUGACAGUGAACGUGACACUCUUCACAGACUAAACAGAUCUGAGAUAGAAAAGGCUGCAUUAGAUGUGCUGCAGAAGGGGCAGCUAUACAAUGAUACGAACAAGAUGGGCGAGAAUGCUACAACAAAAAGACAGCAGAUCCUUAGCAAGGUCGAGUUGGACAUGCAACAUCUCACUGACACAUCCCUUUCAGAAAGAAAAGGUCUAGAUUAUGCUACUGUCAAGAGCUCUGAAAAGGGCAAGGGGAAAGAAUCGGAGGCAGAAACUGUGGAAUGUCUUUCCCUUCCAUUGAGGAUUGUGAGAGCAAGAAAGAUUUUGAGAGGAUGUGAGUAUGUUCUCUUGAAACCAGAAAAGGCUAUUGGAAGCCAUAUUGGUGUCCUGCCAGAACCAGGAAAGGACAUUCAAUGA